AUGUAUGCCGCACACCGUGACGCCCCAUCGCGCAUGAUUCGCGCCUCGUGCGCGCGCGCGCGCGUCGUUCGCGCCGAGACGCGCGUCGGUCGUCGACGGGACGUAUCGCGCGCGCGCGCGCGGGCGCGCGGGCGUCGCGUCGCCGUGGGCGCGACGGAGCGGGCGGAUGAUGACGCGAGAGGGAUGCGAACCGUCGACGCGCUGGACGCCAUCCUCGGUGCGUCGACGCGGGACGACGACGACGCGGUCGAUGACGUCGUCGAGAACGACGCGGUGGUGGCCGAGACCGCGAACGAGGGUCGCGCGGGGGGGCGCGGGGUGGAGACAGGGACCGAGGCGGCGGCGGCGGGGCGGGCGGCGGCGGCGGAGAGAGAGAGGUCGAACGACGACGACGACGCGACGUCGACGGAGGAGCGCGAUGAGAAGAAGAUGUUCCGUGAGUUUUUGUCUCUGCUCGUCGCGGUGGGAGGGGUGAAGGGGACGCUGGCGGUGGUCAUCGGGGGGCUGGCGUCGUACAGCGCGUUCGGCGACCUGGGCGGGGCGGAGGGCGCGUGGCCGAGCGACGGCGGCGUGGAUUUGACGACGACGGCGGCGAUCGGACUCGCCCUGGCGGCGCCGACGGUGUGCUUAGACGCGUUGGUGAUGGGUAUAGAUUGGACGUCGAAGGCGGAGGCGGCGAACUCGAGAGAGGACGACGGCUUGGGACGCGGGUUCAUGGGUGAUUUCUUCGAGCCGCUUUCGAGGUAUCAGCAAGAGGAGACGCUGUCGAAUCCGUGUAAAUCCAUGCCGGCGUGGAUGGACUUAUCGGUCGCAUUCACUGCGCGCGUUGCGGACGAGAUGCUCGAGCGCGGGGUGGUUCUCGGCCUUUCGGCGAAGUGGCUCGCGGAUCGAGGCGUGGAGUACGGAUUCGAGCCGUACGACGUCGAAGCACCAGCCAAGGCAUUGGCGUGUGUGCUCGUGUACCUAGUGCUCGAGGCGCGCGUUCGUAGGGUGCAAAAGCAGUCUCGCGUGCAAGCGUUCCGCGUCGAGCGAAAUCCGGUGACAGGGAAGCAAAAGUUGGUGCCGGUGAGCGAGGACGAGUUGAGAGGCGGCGCCAAGGAUGGUCCGCUCGCCGGCGUGAAGAGCGUCUUCUCGAAGAAGAAGGAGCCGUCAUCAAAUGUGAGCGAGUCGAAGAAAUCGCCGAAACCACCGACUAAGGCGGAGACGCAAGCGUUCGAGAACAUUCUUCGCGGUAAGGGCGUGAAGGACUUCCUCGAAGGUUCGCGCAGUCGACUGUUCUUCGUCUCGCAGUCGCUCGCUUUUGUCUCCACCGGAAGCAUCUUCGCCCCGAUCGUCGGCGGCUAUCUCGCGGAUUCCCUGUACAUUUUGUGGCAACGCAACGCCAUGACGCGUUUCAUUUCAAGCGCACUCGACGCCGCGGCGCCGCCACGCUCCGAGGGUCCGCCAAAGGCUGACGUGGUUCGCAAAGCCCAGAAAGCCGCGCUCGCGAAGACGCUGAAACGCAAAAAGGAAAAGAUGGGACGAGAUCUCGUGAACGCCAUGAAGAACGACCCAUCAAUCUCACGAGACAUCAACGAGAUGUUCACGGACGUCGUGCGCAAGACGAAGAGCGUGAAGGACAUGGAAGAAGCAUCCGCCAUCGACGACGUCUUGGCGUACAUCGCCAAAUCCGCCGACGUAAACGAACCCGGGUACGCCGAUAAAAUGCGAGACGCCCUCGUCGCGCGCGCGAAAGAACUCGAUAGCAUCGCGAACGACGUCGACGUCGAUACCGAUACCGACGCCGAACUCGACGACGCUCCCGAACAAUCGAUGUAA